CAGUUCUCACAGCAACAGCAAUAUCAAAAAUUAAAUAAACAAACCAUGAACUUCUACAAAAUCUUCAUCUUCGUCGCCCUCAUCCUGACAAUCAGCUUGGGACAGUCGGAGGCUGGCUGGCUGAAGAAAAUUGGCAAGAAACUUGAACGAGUUGGCCAGCACACUCGGGAUGCCACAAUCCAGGGACUGGGAAUCGCUCAACAGGCCGCCAAUGUUGCCGCCACCGCUAGAGGAUAAAAUUUGUAAUCCUU